GAAGGUUACAAUGUCAACUUUAUGGUCAUUUUGGAGGCUGUAGUUUAUUUUGCUGUUGAAGGUGUUAUAUUUGUGUAAUAAUGUGUCUGCCUUCUUUGGUAUGAAAGGAUUAGACUACUAGGAACACCUCUCUGUAUAAAAAACAGCUUUGCCAAAGUGGUUAAAAAAAACAAACAAUUGUCUGAAUUUAAACAGUCUGCAUCCUCUCCUGACUCAGAAAAGCUUCACUGUUUGCUCACAUUCAGUGUUUCUUUAUUGUGAAAUGAAUAACCGGAAGUUCCGUCUUUGUAUUAAAUGUUACUUGAUGCUGGUGAAUGAAAAGUGCUGAAGUGAACAGCGGCAGACUCACAACUUCUGCAUCAGGACCACAAGAAGGUCUGCCAGUGAGACAAAGUGUUUUAUGGACGUUUUUUAUUUCAAGGGUGAAAUAUUUGUUGCAGCACAUGUCUGUGAAAGAGGCAGAUAACACGGACCUGUUCAGUUUAGUUCAACGGUAAAAAAAAAAAAAAAUUAAAAAAAAAGAUGAGCCCGGUUCUGUGUCUUCUGCUCCUCUUUCUCCGGACUACGGAGCUCCGUCAUGUCCACCCGGCUCACACAGCCCGGGAGUUUCAGCCGGGGUCCGAGCUGGAAACGCAGCGGGCGGAGGAUGCUGGCACGCCGGCUGUGGGGACAGAGGAGUCCCCGCCGGGAAGGACUCUGCACCGGGUUGAAAGUUCAGAAGUUUCCGACCUGAAGCGAGUUGCCCGGGGAGCCAAAGACGGGAGUUUCAGGAAAAAAGACCCGCACUCCCCGAGCAGUUUCGGGCAUCCGCGACGGUUCGAUGACCCGGGCGGUUACUUCACCACCCCGCGGAGCGAGCGGUACUUCUCCGCCCUGCCGGGUAACUCCUCAUCGGGUCGCGGGUUAGGGCUCCUCAACCCGCUGUUCCCGGUCACCGACGGCUCCUACUGGGCGUACGCCGUCAUGCUCCUCGCGCUCGUGCUGUUCGCCGCGGGCAUCGUGGGGAACCUCGCGCUCAUGUGCAUCGUGUGGCACAACUUCUACCUGAAGAGCGCGUGGAACUGCAUCCUGGCAGGUCUGGCCUUCUGGGAUUUCCUCGUGCUGUUCUUCUGCCUUCCCGUGGUCGUCUUCCACGAGCUCACCUUGAAGAGGUUGCUAGGAGACCUGUCCUGCAGGCUCGUGCCCUACCUGGAGGUGACCUCUCUGGGUGUGGCCACAUUCAGCCUCUGUGCUCUGAGUAUUGAUCGCUUCCACGCGGCCACAGGUCCCGGGCCCCUUCACACGCCAAAGGUGGAGCCCUGCCAGUCCAUCAUAGCCAAACUGUCCGUCAUCUGGAUGGGCUCCAUGGUGCUGGCCGCCCCCGAGCUGCUGCUGUGGCAGCUCCUCCAGGAAACCGUCAGCCUGCCGGUACUCCCCACCGACCUGCAGCAGAACCAUCCGGGAGGCUCGCUGAUGGCUGCGUUUAGAGCCCGAACAGACGCGUUUGUGAUGGAUAUCUGUGUCCGUGAGCCGUCCGUGGAGCUCCCGGAGAGCAUCUACUCUCUGGUGCUGACCUACCACGAGGCCCGGAUGUGGUGGUUCUUUGGGUGUUAUCUCUGUUUGCCGCUGCUCUUCACUCUGGCCUGCGACUUAGUGACCAGGCAGGUGUUAGCCCAGCGUGUGAUGCAGAAACCCGGCAGUGAAAAGGUGACUGGCAGAUUAUCCUCAUCCUCCUCUGCGUCUUCCUCCUCGACAAAGAAAAAGCAGAAUGUGAGGGAGCACAGGCUGCGCUCUACUGUGAUGGCGCUCACCAUCUUGUACAUCACGUGCAACCUGCCGGAGAGCAUCUGUAACAUCACCUUGGCGUACAUCUCUGUCCCCAUGGCCUCCGCCCUCCCGGCUCUGGCUCUGUCUGCGCUGGGUCUGAUUGGACAGUUCCUGCUGUUCAUGCGUUGCUCGGCGACGCCGGUGUUGCUACUGUGCCUGUGUCGCUCUCUGGGUCAGGCCUUCAUGGACUGCUGCUGCUGCUGCUGUGACGAGUGCCUUCCUGACGGCAAUUCCUCCUCAUCCUCCUCCGCCUCAACUGCCGCCACCUCCACCCUUUCCUCGCCAACAUCACUUUCUCCAUCCUCCCUGUCUCCCUCCAGCAAAGACGAGACCGUGAAGAGCGUGUCGCCGACAGAACCAGCAGUCUGCUACGACAGGGCCAAAGACUCCUCAGCAGCUCUUGGGACGCCCUGCUGAGGUCCAGAACUGCUUUUAACGACAAUUUUUAAGGAUCAUUUAGGUUUAUUACAGCUUGGUUCUUAUUUUUGUGCUUUAGUCCAUCAUUACUAGCAAUCAUAAUAACAUUGUUCUCACCAAGUUAAAAGCUUAGAUCUGGGACCAUGGUCACACCGCUAAAAAGACGUCUGACGGGUCAAGAAACAUGAGCAGUCAGACCAUCAGACAGGGUGGAAACAAACCAACAGUUUAUCCAGAUUACACAAUAUGGCCAAAAGUGUGUGGACACCCAUGACUGGGGCUGUUUUUCAUGGUUUGGUCUAGGCCAUUUAGCUCCAGUGAAGGAAUUCUUGAUGCUACAGCACACAAUGAUAAAGGCCCUUCCUGUUUCAACAUAAUAAUGCCCCAGUGCACAAAACACAAAGCCAGGUUCAUAAAAAUGGUUUUCCCAGUCUGGUGUUUGGUGUGCGUUCACUGGCCUGCACAUAACUUUUACCUCUACUCCCGUUCUCCUUCAUUUUCUCUUCCAAAUAAAUUUGUCUAACCUGUUAGUUUGUUUCCAACAUGUCCGAUCAUCUGCUGUUUCUUGACCUGCUGUUAACAAUGUUAUUAUUGCUGAUAGAAAUGAUGGACAAAAGUACCAAAAAAACCAAGGUUGCAAUAAAUUGGAAUAAUCCUUUAA